CAGAGUAUUCCAGUCCACGACCGACGGACCGAGCCGAACCAUCCAGAAGCAGCCGGCGCCCCAUUUGUAAAGAAGCAUCCCCACCCAUCCAUCUCCACUCCCACUCCACGCGCAGAUCCAAGCCGAGCCCGACCAAACCCUAAUCCCCUCCCCUCCCUUCCCAUGGCGAAGUACGGCGAGGGCGACGCGCGGUGGAUCGUGCAGGAGCGCGCCGACGGCACCAACGUCCACAACUGGCACUGGGCGGAGCGCGACUGCCUCGAGUGGUCGCGGGCCCGCCUCUCCUCGCUCCUCGCCGGCCUCCCGGUCCUCACCGGCGAGGGUGGCCUCACCCUCCGCACCACCACGCUCGACAAGCUCGAUGGCGAGGCCUACGUCAACAUCCGCAAGGGGAAGGUCAUCCCUGGUUACGAGCUCUCCCUCACCCUCUCCUGGGAGGCCGAGGCCACCACGGAGUCCGGGGUCGUCAAGGUCUCCGGCGCCGCGGAGGUGCCCUACCUCGCCGACGAGAACGCCGACGAAGACCCGGACCUGCGCGUCACCGUCCGCGGCGAGGACGGGCCCCUCGCGCGCCGCGCCAAGGAUGCCUUCUUCACCAAGGGCAAGCCUCUGGUGCUCGAGAAGAUCCGGGAGUAUGUCGCCGCGAUGGCCAAGGGCGGCCCGGCUAAGGAUGAGCUCGAUUCCAAGAAGACACCUACCAAGGCGGCGGCACCGGCAGGUGGUACGGCCACCGCCCCUGCGCCUGCAACCAAGAAGGAGGAGGCACCGGCGGUGAAGGAAAAGAAGGCGAAGGGGAAGGACAAGGAAGGAUUCAAGACGAUCGAGAUGACAGAGAAGUUCUACUGCCGCGCCAAGGACCUAUACGAGAUCUUGAUGGAUGAUAACAGAUGGAAGGGGUUCACGCAGAGCAAUGCAAGGAUAAGCAGAGAGGUUGGAGGGCAGUUUAGCCUCUUUGAUGGGUCAAUUAGCGGCGUCAAUGAGGAGUUGCAGGAAGGCAAGUUGAUCGUGCAGAAGUGGCGGUUUGGUAGCUGGCCUGACGGCGUGCACUCCACGGUUAGGUUGGUAUUUGAUGAGCCCGAAUCAGGAGUUACUGUCAUAAGCCUCAAACAAACUGAUGUUCCAGAGGAGGACAGAUAUGGAAAUUCAACUGUGGUGGAGAACACGGAGCGAGGCUGGAGAGAACUAAUCUUCCAGAGGAUACGUGGGGUGUUUGGUUUUGGGAUAUAAAGAAGUACUUUGACUCUUGAGCUGGAUUUCUGUUUUUCAGGAAGUCAAGCCUUACCUUAUCACAGUUACCCCUGUUUUGCUGUCGCAUUUUAUUCGAUGUUAGACACACAAACUCUGCAUAUUAUGGGGCAGUCUAGAAAAACAUCUGUAAUUCAUCACGCUGGAAUGCGUCUGCAAUGUUUUCAAGUGUUAAUCAGCAACUGAUGAUCGAGUAAUUUCCAAUCUGUUGGCCUGUGGGCUGAUCGUUGGUACUUCUGCA